CAGGCAUUUACUUGUCAAAUUUAAAUUUAUUAUAUAAAUAAUAUUAACAAGAAACAUUAAUGUGUAAUUCGCAAAUUGUAUUUUUCCAGACGAAACACUUGUGAAUAUAUUAGAAUUCUUGAUAAGAAAGGAAAAAAUCGCUGAACAUCCAGAAUGAUGCAUACGCAAUACGCAUGAUGCAUACAGUGCAUAGUAUAUUAUACGCUGCAGGAGAGUGCAGCGAGAGAUUGAAAGCGUGAAAUUUUCCUACCUAAAAAUAAUUAUUUAAUAUAAACUCAGUGUGACUCGACAUAUAUACAUAACGAUAUUUUAUUUAUAGAAAUUCAGUACAUAUAUUUUUGUCAUUGUGCGUACAUGUGAUGCCGACUGCUUACAGAUACAAUUAAUUAAAAACUGCUUAUGAUUGUUAUUUUUGAUCUGAUUUAAAAAAUGACUAAUAUAAAAGCAAGUGGACACAAUGCUCGUGGAAAAUCAGAGCAUCACAAUACAUCGGUUAAAGAUUGCUCAAACAAUACAAAAAUUGGUAACAAUGUGAUUGUAAAGUUAGACAAUGGAACUUAUAAGUCAUUGGCAGGAAAAGAUCAUGAAGAAAAAGAAGCAAACAAUUCUACUUCUUUUAGAAAGAGAAUAAUUAUACGUUUAUUGCUCAUUGCAUUUAUAUUUUCUCAAUUUUAUAUUGGUUUUAUGCUGUUAUCUUUUGUUUUACUUCCAUUAUAUACCAACACAAGUGAUUAUGAUGCAGAAAUACAAAUAAUUGACGUAAACAAUGAUAUUGAAAAGACAAGAUACCAGCAUAUAAUAAUGGAUACCUCAGACAUGCACAUUGAACAACAAGAAUAUGAUUACAAGACAUUAUCAUUUGAAGAUACUCAAUGCACCAACGUUCCUGAAAUCUUGCGUUUUGAUUGCCAUCCGGAGGACGGAGCGUCUGAACUGUCCUGUAUGAACAGAAAAUGUUGUUGGAAUCCUCCUAAAAAAGAUAUCAAAACUGCAAAACGUAUCCCAUUAAAUAUUCCUUAUUGUUAUUAUUCUGGAGAUUGGAGUCUGUAUGGAUAUGUUAACUGCAGUCAGGAUGAAAGCAAUUUCUCAGGUUUUCUCAGCCAAAAGAGGAACUCUGUAUACAAAAAUGAUGUGCCUCUUGUGAAAAUAGAAGCUACAGGCAUAGAUAGUUCCAUUCUGCGUGUGAAGAUAUAUGACCCCUUAAAAGCACGAUAUGAACCACCAUGGCCUAUCAGAUCAAAUCCUAAGCCAUUUUUGCCCAAAGUUACGAACAAAAAAUAUGAAUUUAAGAAUGAUAAUUUAAGACCUCCCGCUUUUAAGGUUGAUAGAGUUAGUGAUGGCACAACAUUAUUCAAUUCUGUCGGUGGUUUUAUAUUUGCUGAUCAGUUCUUACAAAUAAGCACAUUAUUACCAACGAGUAACAUUUAUGGCAUUGGCGAGCAUAGGUCAAGCUUAAAAUUGAAUACUAACUGGCAAUCGUUUACUUUGUUCAAUAAAGAUCAGCCACCAACAGAAAAUGCGAAUUUGUACGGAUCUCAUCCGUUUUAUAUUGUUGUGGAGGAGUCUGGAAUGGCUCAUGGAGUUUUAUUCUUAAAUAGCAACGCCAUGGAUGUAAUAUUGCAACCUACACCAGCUAUAACGUUCAGGACCAUCGGCGGUAUUUUCGAUAUUUAUUUCUUUUUGGGGCCCACUCCAGCGGACGUUGUGAAACAGUAUUCCGAGAUCGUGGGCAAACCGUUUAUGCCACCUUAUUGGUCACUCGGUUUUCAUUUAUGCAGAUUUGGAUAUGGAAACUUGGAAAAUACGAAAGCAGUAUGGAACAGAACGAGAGCAGCCGGAAUUCCAUUUGAUACUCAAUGGAAUGAUUUGGAUUAUAUGGACAAAAACAAUGAUUUUACGUAUAAUAAGGAGAAAUUCAAAGAUUUGCCUAAGUUUGUAGAAGAAAUUCACUCGGUGGGAAUGCAUUAUAUUCCGUUAAUUGAUGCUGGCAUAUCCGCUUUCGACGACAAUGGCUCUUACUUGCCGUACGAUGAAGGGGUAAAGCAGGACAUAUUCAUAAAAGACGGCGUAUCGUAUAAACCUUUCGUUGGCAAAGUUUGGAAUUUUGUUUCCACCACAUGGCCUGAUUUCACGAAUCCUAAAACGAUGGAGUACUACGCAAAUAUGAUGGGCGAUAUGCACAAUAAUUUUGCAUACGACGGUGCAUGGAUCGAUAUGAAUGAACCGUCCAACUUCUACAAUGGUAACAAGAAUGGCUGUAUACACAAUAAUCUGGAUUAUCCCGAAUAUAUACCCAAUGUCGUCGGUGGUUUGCUCGCUACGAAAACUCUGUGCAUGAAUGCAAGACAUUACUUGGGCUUUCAUUACGAUCUUCACAAUACUUACGGAACGAGCCAAGCGAUUGCCACGAAUUAUGCCCUGAGGAAGAUCAGACAGAAAAGGCCAUUCAUAAUAUCGCGGUCAACGUGGGUAGGACACGGUCAUUACGCGGGCCACUGGACAGGCGACGUUUACUCAUCAUGGCAUGAUCUGAAGAUGAGCAUUCCGGCAAUUUUGUCACUGAAUUUCUAUCAAAUCCCAAUGGUGGGCGCUGACAUUUGCGGUUUUGACGGCAACACAACCGCUGCGUUGUGUAACCGUUGGAUGCAACUCGGUGCCUUUUAUCCAUUUUCGCGAAAUCACAAUUCCGACGACACAAUUGAGCAGGAUCCAGUCGCUAUGGGUGAUUUAGUCGUGCGGUCGUCAAAAAAUGCUUUCAAAAUACGUUAUCGAUUUUUACCAUAUUUAUAUACCUUAUUCUUCAGAGCACAUAAAUUCGGAGAAACAGUAGCACGCCCAUUAUUCUUCGAGUUUACCAAUGACCGACAGACUUACGAUAUUGAUACGCAAUUUCUCUGGGGAAGCGCGCUUAUGAUCAAUCCAGUUCUCGAAGAAAAUAUAAUUGAGAUACCCGUUUAUAUACCACGUGGCUUGUGGUACGAUUAUUAUAGUUUUAAAUCUUUCUUCUCCAUCGGCAAACAUUACACAUUACCAGCGCCGGUGGACAGAAUACCAUUAUUAAUUCGUGGAGGAUCGAUUCUUCCGGCACAGAAACCAGGUGUAACUACAACGGAGAGCAGAAAGAAUAAAUUUGAAUUAUUAGUAGCACUGGACGAGGCUGGAAAUGCCACAGGAGAAUUGUACUGGGACGACGGUGACAGUAUAGAUUCUUUAAAAAAGAACCAAUAUUUGUGGCUGUCUUUCACUGCAAACAAAUUCAGUUUGAAAAACAAGAAAAUAGAUAACGGCCUUUUUGACGAGGAGGUAAUUCUGGGGAAUGUUCGGAUUUUGGGAUUAGACCAAGUCUCCAAAGUAUUAUUAAAUGACAAGGAAAUAAAAUAUAACUACGACGUUUUCACAUCGAGCCUAAGUAUCACUGACUUGCAAGUGGACAUGAGACAGCCGUUCAUAUUUUCUUGGAUGUAUACAAACUUUGAGUAUGAUAUGCAAUAUUAUUAAUUAAACGUGAAUUUUCAAUCGCGUAACAUGUAAAUCUCGACUUAAUGUGAUAUGCGUUUAGUAUAAAAAUAUAUUUUUAUCGUAAUAUACAUAUAAAUGUGCUAUAUAUAUGCAAGUGAUAUGUUUUUGAAUAUGUACUUUAUAAAUAUCAUACUUUAAGAUGAUAUAUAUUUUAUUCUUUCGAGUUGAAUAAAAAUGGAAAA